AUGGCAGAGCCACGGGAGCUCGGGGACCCUCUGGGGGAGGAUGCUUCAGGGGCUGCUGCUGCUGUUACUGGUCCCUGCGUGGCUGGCAACAGGCUUAACAUAGAUGUCUACCCGGAUGGCUGUCGCCAUUUCUUCAAGCUGCUGGAAACGAGAAGGGAAGAAGUGGUGCAGGUGGAAUUCUUGCGGCUGAAUUGUAACGAGGACCUCAUCACUUCCACGCUGAUCCAUAUUCCUCUCUUGAAGGCUCUAAAAUCCCUGGUACUCAAAGGUGGACAUGCCAGGGACGAAGUCGGUGCUUGUCGGAGAGGAUUGCUGGCAUCCUUACCACAAGAGCUUGCGUGCCUCUACUGCCUUGCCCAUCUGGAUCUCAGCUUCAAUAGCUUCAGUGUUCUUCCUCCCUGCAUCACAGAGCUGGCUAGCCUCACAAGUCUCUUGGUGGGCCACAACAGCCUGCAGGGACUGCCCGAGGACUUUGGUCGGCUCACCAAGCUGACUUUUUUCUCUGCCAUGAAAAAUCAGAUCAGCGGGCUGCCGCAGAGCAUAGGGCAGCUGGCAGCCCUGCAGACACUGGACCUCUCUGAAAAUGCACUGGAAACACUUCCUGAAGAGAUGGGGAACCUGCGUAGUUGCACAGAGCUGGAUCUAUCAGGAAAUCGAUUGACAGGAAUCCCCAGCUCUCUUGCCAAUUUGCAGUCUCUGCGACGGCUGCAUCUUCACAGCAAUCUUCUGGUGACCGUUCCUGCGUCCCUUGCCCGCCUUUCCAACUUGUCCAGGCUUGAUCUGCAGAACAACAGACUGCGCGUCAUCCCUCCAGAGAUCCAGAGCUCUCCCUUUGUGCAUCUCCGCGGUAAUCCUCUAGGAGAACCUGAAGUGCCUCUGCAGCCUGAUGACUCCAUCUCAGAAGAAUUACGAACACUGUUUCUUGCUGCUGGUGAGGAUAGGUUUACUGUGACCCCAGAAGGCUGCAAAGUUGUCCUGACUUGUGGUGUCCAGUUUUGCUUUCCCCGGGGGGCCGUCACUUCUUCAGUAACCAUUUGCUUCCAAAAAUGCUUCCCUGAUCCACAGUGGGUAAAACUGAAACAUCAUGAUAUCCUGCUGAGCCAAGCCCUGGAGCUGCAGCCUCAUGGCAUUGAAUUCCAGGAGGAGGUGCGGAUCUGGAUGCCUUAUGCCUCCACGCAGAGUCUUCGUGAGCGCGAGGUCAUAAUCCGAACCUUCAGCGGACAGAAAUGGAGUGAUCUGAGAUCCAAAGUGGAGUGGAAAGGGAAGAUGCGUCUGGCAUGCUGCAGUGUCCCUCAUUUCUCCUGGUUCUUGGUUGUAUCUCAACUUGUGGUGAACGAAUGCAGUGUCCCCAGGGAGGGGACAUUGCUUUUUUCAACGGUCAACCCUGACAUCAAAGUGACCUUUCCUCAUGGUGCGACCGAGGAGCCUAGGACAGUGAUGCUUCAGGUGUUGCCUGUGUCGAAGGAGGAGCUCCUGGAGAUCACAGAUGACCCCGAGACUCUUGCCAGCCCUCUUCUUUGUCUGUCUCAAAAUUCCACUGUGGACUUCCUCCAGCCCAUUAAAAUUCAGCUCCCUCUGCCUCCAGGGCUCACAGGUCUAACCUUGGAUUGGUCCAAGGUGCAUCUUCUCCAUGGCGACCAGAAUGCCCAAAACUGGAAUGACAUCACGGACCAAGUGGUGCUGGAGUUCACCCACCUCUUUGCUUUGUUUGAAGUCACCCACUUUUCCUGGUACUGGCUGUGGUAUACCACUAAGGCCUACAUUAGUGGUAUUGCCAGAGAGGUCUACAAAAGAUUGCGCAUGUACCAGGUGAACUUCAUAGCUCUUCAGAGGAAGAAAGAUCCUGAACAAGUCUUGUUACAGUGUGUCCCAAAGCACAAGGUUGAUCCUGUUUUGAAAAAACUCCAUGAUAGAUACCGAGGCCCUGAGCCAUCAGAUGUGGUGGAGAUGUUUGAAGGAGAGCAGUUCUUUGCAGCUUUUGAACGAGGCAUCAACAUCGAUGCAGAUCGCCCAGACUGCAUUGACGGAAGAAUUUCAUUCAGCUUUUACUCUCACUUGAAAAAUGUGAAGGAAAUCUAUAUUACUUCUGAAGUGGACAGGAAAAACACAGCUGUGAAAGGGCAGGUUUCCUUUUAUCGAGGAGCUGUUCCAGAGAACAUUCCUGAAGAGGCUACCAGAAAGAGGAAAGGCCCCAACUCCCACUGGCUUGCUACUUUGCCAAUUAAGCUACCUAAGCUGAAAUCUCAGGGGAAUGAGCUGCCUGUAGCCAAAAGUGGCUUCUCCCUCCCUCCUCUGAAUUUGGGGAGUGCUGAAACUGGUUACUUGACGCAGUCUAAUCUGCUUGGCAUUGCGGGACGCAUUGGACCUGAAUGGCAGACGAUUGGCUUGAAUCUGGGUUUCUCCUAUCAACAGAUCCAACAGAUAAAAUACAGUAACAGGGAAGACCUCAGUGCUCAGAUUCUGGAUAUGCUCUUUUCUUGGGCUCAGCAAAACAGAAGGACCCCUGACUGCAUAGAUAGGCUGAUCGGCGCCAUGAAGGAGAGUGGCCGCCAAGACAUAGCCGAUGAGAUUGAAGCCAUCAUCUCCCUGGGAAGGCAGAAAUACAGAGACUCCAUCCAGAGAGUGGGCCUGGACCAGGAAAGCAGCAAUGAAGACUCUGCUAUUGCCAUGGCGUAAAUGCUGUGCAAAGCCCCCUUUGUCUUACCUAGGUGUUG